AUGGAAUCCCACUUUACCACAGAUCAGGGCUAUACUGACCCGGAUAGACGCCACAUGAGCCAGGAGACUGAUCCUGAGAUCUGUGAGAUUUCGCAUGAAGAGUGGGCCAGCCAAGAGUUUGAUCCAGCGAUGUCUGCAAUAUCGUAUGAGGAUUGGGUAGAAUAUGCGCAGAUAAUCAAGCAGGAAGGGGCCGGCCCAGUGGAUCACCAGGUAGACGAGGAUGAUGCCAUUGAGAUGCUUUUGCACAGGAUGUGCCAAGAGCAGGAGUCUCCAGGGCCGGGACCGAGUUAUGAUGACCUCGGAGAUUUCUCAGUAGGUGAGUAUCAUUAUCCAGAAAUGGUGGAUUUUACAGUAGGUGAAAAUUAUUAUCUCGAGAUGCUCGCAAUCUCACAGGAAGAUGAAGAGUGGGCCGAGCAGCGCCGACGACUGAUGGAAUAUGAGGCGUGGGACUUGCUAUUGCAGAGUCAGACCGAGGUGGCACCAGAAAUGCUCAUGGAAUCAGCAUUCCCAUUGCCUCAGUCCGAAGUGGUACUUCCGUCGGUGCAUCGGAUACUCUCGGGCUCGCGGGGGGGCUCCAGUUUGGGGACCAUCGCCUUGACUUUGGUCUUGAUAACUGACCAUUUCUAG